AUGGAGAAAGCCACGGAAAGACAGAAGAUUUUGCUUCGUCAUCUCAAUCCAAUUUCUUCUUCUACUUCUUCUUUUCCUUUGAUUAAUCAUGAACCUGCUCUUCUCUCUGCUGUGAAUUGCGUUGCCGAGUUUUCCCCAAUGGCUGCUUUUGGAGACGACAUUGUGAUCGUAGCGGCAUACCGGACCGCCAUUUGUAAAGCCAAACGUGGAGGUUUCAAAGAUACUCGUCCUGAUGAUCUCCUAGCUUCUGUUCUCAAGGCUGUGGUGGAAAGAACAUCUUUGGAUCCGAGUGAAGUUGGUGAUAUCGUUGUUGGUACCGUUAUAGCGCCUGGUUCUCAGAGAGCCAUGGAAUGUAGAGUAGCUGCAUAUUUUGCUGGCUUUCCUGGUAUUGGUGCUGGAGUAGAAUCGAUGUCAGUUGAUCAUACCCCUGGAGGCGGCUUUCAGUCCACUAAUCCGAGAGCGCAAGAUUUCCCUAAAGCCCGUGACUGUUUGCUUCCAAUGGGGAUCACUUCUGAAAACGUUGCAGAAAGAUAUGGUGUCACAAGAGAAGAGCAAGAUAUGGCUGCGGUGGAGUCUCACAAGCGCGCUGCAGCUGCAAACGCAUCUGGUAAACUCAAAGAUGAAAUAGUUCCUGUCACUACUAAGAUUGUUGACCCUGCGACUAAAGCAGAGAAGCCAAUCGUCGUCUCUGUUGAUGAUGGUGUACGUCCAAACUCAAACAUGGCAGAUCUUGCAAAGCUGAAGACCGUCUUUAAACCAGACGGUUCCACUACAGCCGGCAAUGCUAGUCAGAUUAGUGAUGGUGCUGGAGCCGUACUGUUAAUGAAGAGGAGUCUGGCGAUGAAGAAGGGACUUCCUAUUCUUGGAGUAUUCAGGAGUUUUGCUGUUACUGGUGUGGAUCCAGCUGUAAUGGGUGUUGGUCCAGCUUUCGCCAUUCCUGCUGCAGCUAACCUCGCAGGGCUCGAAGUCAGCGAUAUUGAUCUAUUUGAGAUCAACGAGGCAUUUGCAUCUCAGUAUGUGUACUGUUGCAAGAAGCUAGAGCUGGAUAUGGAAAAGGUCAAUGUUAAUGGAGGAGCCAUUGCUAUUGGCCAUCCUCUGGGUGCUACAGGAGCUAGGUGUGUUGCGACAUUAUUGCACGAGAUGAAACGGAGAGGGAAAGAUUGUCGCUAUGGAGUGAUCUCAAUGUGCAUAGGCACUGGUAUGGGAGCUGCAGCUGUUUUUGAGAGAGGAGACUCUGUUGAUGACUUGUCUAACGCUCGAGUUGCUAAUGGGGACGGUCAUUAG